AUGGUGACCCUACUCAUCGAUGGCAGCCAUGUCAUUCUAAGUGCGAGAACACAGCCGCGCCACGGUGACUUCCUGGCAGAGCCGCAGACGACGCCGCGGGCCUCCUCCAGACAGCCUUCCGGUCCUCCAGAGCCGGAGUUCGACGCUGGGCAGGUGACCAACGUGACGGCGCUGCUGGGGGCCACCGCCUACCUGCACUGCCGCGUCAGGAACCUGGGCGAGCACGCCGUGUCGUGGGUGAGGCGGCGCGACUGGCACAUCCUCUCGUCCGGCCUGUACACCUACACCAACGAUGAACGCUUCCAGGUGAGCAGUUUCAACAACCGGCAGGACUGGACGCUGCACAUCAGAUACGUCCAGAAGAGGGACAACGGCACCUACGAGUGUCAGGUGGCCACGGACAAGGGACUGAUGUCGCACUACUUCAACCUGCACGUGGUGGUGCCCACGGCGUUCAUACUGGGCAACGGCGAGUACCACAUCGGCGAGGGCAGCACCAUCUCUCUAGUCUGCAUCAUCGAGAAUAGCGAGCCUGCGCCGCGGCCGGUGCAGUGGUGGCACAACGAACGGCUGGUGGGCGGCGCCGGCCCGCGGGGCGUCUCCGUCAUCACGGAGCCGGGCCCGCGCACCCACUCCAGGCUGGUCGUCUCCAGCGCCACGCGCGCCCACUCUGGCAACUACACGUGCGCCGCGCCGGACACCGAGCCUGACACCAUCAACGUCUACGUCUCUCAAGGUGACAAUAUAGCAGCGAUCCAGAAGCAAGAAGUUUCCCACGCGAUUCACCACUCGUCGGCGAGGCCAGCUGUCGUCAGUAUAGCGAUUGCCGUUCUGAGGGAACUUUGGCGAUGACAACACUUUAUUGCCGUAUGCGCCUUCGUAGCGUCGAAGGCGCCCUGCACACUUCUGAGAGUGCUGGCUACUAUAUCGCGCAGCCGUUCUGGAUGCGUUCUUCAAGGCGCCAUUCCUCCGGAAAGGAUCUUUUGAAGAUGUUUGCUGGGUUGUUGAAACCGCACAGCGUUACAGGGACUCAACAAAACACGUGUAUGCCACUUCGUUGGGCUCUUCAUUCUUUGCCAAAUCAAGCAAGAAGACAAGAGUUCCGACGACGCCAUCAGAAAGUGCGGUUUGACGGAUCUUUUUUAGGCCUGUGGUCUCUCCUCCAUUCACAUUUCUUCUGGUUGGUUGUAAUCUAAAAACAAAGACGAACGUUUUAGCUUACAUUUAAUCAAAGACUUCGAAUUAAUAACUGCAUACAUGUGUUAUUAUGUGUCCGUUGUUUAUCAACAGUGUCAACGUUAUUGCUCACAAAUUCCGUACCAAAAGAAAUUUUAAUUCGUUUUUGUACGUAAAUUUUGUAAUUUUUUGUAACUGCACAAUUUUUGCAAAAAACAAUAAAAACCUUACAUGAUCGUUCA